UUUCGAUGAGGAACCCGACUUCAAGAAACGUUCCCAAGAAGAAGUUGUCGCCCUUCAAUCGGGUGAUGAAUACGCUCGGAAGGCUUGGCAGAUUUGUUGUGAUAUUUCGAGGAAGAGUUUUGAGGAGGUCUACAGCCGCCUCGGCAUUGAAGGCUUGAAGGAGCAGGGGGAGAGCUUUUACAACGAAAUGAUCGGACCAAUCGUUGAGAAGUUGGAAAAGGAGGGACUUGUGGUCGAAUCAAACGGCGCCAAGUGCAUCUUCACUGAUAAUUAUCAGGUGCCAAUGAUGGUAGUGAAGAGUGAUGGAGGUUACGGCUAUGAUAGUACUGAUGUGACGGCGGUGUGGUAUCGAUUAACUCAACUACACGCCGAUGAAGUUGUUUAUAUUACCGACCUCGGACAAGAAGUUCAUUUCAAGAAGCUCUUUGAAGUCGCCAAGAUGGCCGGUUGGCAUCAUCCUCCUCAAACUAAACUCGAAUACCUCGGCUUUGGUGUCGUCUGUGGUGAUGAUGGCAAAAAAUUCAAAACUCGAUCGGGCGCCACUGUGAAGUUGACUGACCUUCUCGAUGAGGCCGAGGACAGGGCGAGGAAGGAAUUGGAGUCGAGACUUAACGCGGGGGAAGGGGAGGCGGCCGGACGAUCGACUGGACUUACUGAAGAGGAAUUCGAUAGAGCAUCGAAGAUUAUUGGUGAUGAUGAUGUGAUGGAG